AGUUAAUAAAAAGUUUCAGUAAAAUUUAAUCUCUAUUCCAAACUCCAAGAGCUGUUAUUAGGGAAAUGCAAUGGGAAAAUCACAGUCUAAAUCCAAUCGUUUUUUUAAUGCUGAAGAAAUUAAGAAGAUCACUGAAGUUUAUAAUCAAGAUGGGUUGGAUGGAGUAUUUCCAUUGAUUAAAGACAAAUGUGAUAGUUUGGACAAUGAACAAGUCACAAUUGCAUUGACAGGAGAAUCAGGUGUGGGCAAAUCUGCCUUCAUUAACCUCAUGAGAGGCCUGGGACCCAAUGAUGAAGGAGCAGCUGAAGAAGGUUUAAUAGAGCAAACCUCAGAACCGACACCUUAUCAACACCCAACGCUUCCUUCUGUCUGCCUAUGGGAUCUGCCAGGAAUUGGAACAACAAGAUUUUCUGCUUGCCAAUAUCUGGAUAAAGUUAACUUUAAAACAUAUGACUUGUUCAUCUUGAUAACUGGUGAAAGAUUCAAGGAGAAUGAUGCAAAGUUGGCUAAAGAGAUAAAGAAAAUGGGGAAAGAGUUCUAUUUUGUUCGUAGCAAGAUGGAUGUAGUUGAGGAAAACCUUUCCAAAAGAGGGCAACGUGACAGACUUGAAAAAGAGUUUGAUAAAAUAAGACGUUACUAUAAAAACAGCAUAGAGAAAAGUGGAUUACCUACUUCACAGGUUUUCCUUGUUUCCAGUAGAUAUCCGGAUCGUUAUGACUUCAUGCAAUUUUGUGAUUGUUUAGAGUCUGAGCUGCCAGAGAAGAAGAAGAAUGUGUUUGUGCUCUCACUUCCCAAUCUUACUGAAGCUGUAAUUGAAAAGAAGAAAAAAAUUCUAAGAGCAAAAAUUGCUCUGGCAGCAACAGUUUCUGCUGGAUUAGGAGCAAUUCCAAUUCCUGGGGUAUCCAUUGCCUGUGAUGUUGGUGUUCUAGUAGCCACACUUCUACAUAUGCAAAGCUACUUAGGACUUGAUCACAAAUCUCUCUGCAGACUUGCCUGUAGAGUUAACAAACCUGUUCAACAGUUGAAAGCAGAAAUGACAAGCACAUUUGUGCUUAAUAUCACCCCUUUAUCUGUCGUGAAAUUUAUCACAUCGAGUGUUUCUGGUGCUGUAAUGAUUGCUGAUGAUGCUCUUCUGAUAAUACCUGUGAUUGGGUCUGUUAUUGGAGCUACCACCUCCUUUAUCGCAACUUCCUUUUUGUUGAGUUGUGCACUGGAUGAUUUUACCAAGUCUGCAGUGAAGGUGUUGAGAAAAGCAAUUGAAGACAAUUCAGAGCCAGAAGAAACUGAAAAUAUCAAACUGGAAAUUGUAGUUACUAAUAUUCAACAAAAACUCUCCUCACCAUUUACUGACAAUGGAUUAGAAGACAUAGUUACUGAGCUACAACAUGUGCUUGACCAAAGAGAAGUUCACAUCGCUGUAACAGGAGAAUCAGGAAAAGGAAAAUCAGCUUUCAUCAAUGCUGUUUGUGGUCUGAAACCUGGAGAACCUGAAGCAGCUGAAGAGGGCUUUACUGAGCAAACAAUGGAAAUGACAAAAUAUAACCAUCCAAGUCUUCCUUCUGUCUUUCUAUGGGAUCUUCCUGGGGCUGGAACACCAACAUUUGAAAUUGCAAAAUAUUUUAAGGACAUCAAAUUUACAGAAUAUCACUUUAUCAUUUUAAUAGUUGGAAACAGGUUUACGGAGAAUGACAAACGUUUUGUAGAAAAGAUAAGAAAAAUUAAACGAGAUUUCUAUGUUGUACGGAGCAAAAUGGAUGAGCAUAAAGAGAACAAUGAUCAACACAGCAGGAAUGAAGGAUAUGAGAAAAUAAAAGAUUAUUGUAAUAGUCAAUUAAAAAAAAAUGGAGUCGACUCUCCCCACGUCUUCCUUGUGUCAAGCCACUGCAAAACAGAUUUUGAUUUCAUAGAACUGUGUCGAGACUUGAAGUUUAAAGUAGAAGAGAAGAAGAAAAAUUUCUGCUCACAUGAAAUUACUAAAAUGGUCAAAUGCUUUGUUGAAAAGAAAAAGACAGAACUGAAGGGAACAAUUUCACAGUUAAUUUCAUAUGCAACAGGUGAUGGUACGACUUUUAUACCUGGAACCACUUGUGCCUAUAAUUGCGAUGCUAUUGUGGAAAUUCUUUUAUUCUAUCGUUGGUACAUGGGUCUUGAUGAUGAGUCCAUUAACCAACUUGCAGAUAAAGUAGGGAAAAGUGUGGAAGAUCUUAAGGCAGACGUGAGUGAUCCUUUUGUGUUUAAUGUUAAUUCAAAUUCUGUUAACAAUAUUUUUUCUUCUUCUACCUCUUUAAUUGUUUAUAACUUAAAGAGCCACUUGAGACCUCUUUUAGGUGUUCCAAAGUCUUCUGAGGUAAUUUCCAAGUUGCUGGAAUCAAUGAUUGAUGUAUUUUCAGAAUCUGCAAUGAGUGUGGCAAAGAAAGCUGCGUAAUAAAUUGGAUUUUUCCAAAAAACAUCAUCACCACAUAUGAAUAUUUGCAACCUAUCAUAAAGUAUACUGUGGACCUCCAGUGGUUUUUAUCCUUGUGACAAUAAUUGUCUAUGCAUUCAGUUACUGUAAUGGAGCUGAAAUUUGGGAAAUCUUACUUGCGUCUAUCAAUAGUAAUUUACUUUUUAAUUAAGCUUACUUUAGACUCCAAAGUACUGUAUGUUACAUUAAAAAAAGAAACACAAAUCAUCUGCUAUUCAUGUCUUGCUGUCUCAUUAAGCAAGCCACAUACAGUAUAUUCUAUAACAUACAUUACAGCAUAGAUAUUAAAUAUUUAUUUGGUUUAAACUUGCUUUAAUGCAGAAUAUAACAUACUUUAUACAGUAUAUAAUAAGUAGACAGUAGGCAGAGAAUAUAUAAUGUUUCUAGAGUAUCCAUUACUUUUUCUGCAUUAACCAAUUUAUGUGAAAAAUCUUAUAUAAUACACAGAAAAUAUAUUAUGAUAAAACAUCUCAUACAAAACCAAGUCUUUACAGCCUUAAUGUUUUGUAUAAAAAAAAAAACUUUGGGAUUUUAGUAUUUCUUUAUAACAAAAAUUAAACAUACUUCUAUUUGUAUUACAUUUAAUUUAUGGACAGCACUGUAACAGUAUUCAGAGGUCAUGCUGUGAAGUCACCACUUUUGUUUACAACUAUAAUGUUAGACAUCUGCUUGUUAGGUCAGUUCUAUGAGUAAAAUGGCAAAAAUUAAAGCCUUAAAAGUUAAUGGUCUACAGCACAUUGAUAAUUAACAGUAAGUAUAACUUACAACUUAUGAAUUUUUUUAACAAUAAUUAAGAAAAGGAAAAUGUAUUGGGUAUACAAUAAUCUUAUAUGAAAUUUAGGUAAACGUUCAUGUUUCAUUUAUGUCUGAUGAGCCAUUGUCUUGGAAUAUCUGGAAAAAAAACCAUGGUUGGUCUCUUUAAAUAUUUUUAUUUCAUUACACAUAUAGCUAGGCUAACCAUUUUUCUUGCUUCCAAAAUGGGUCACAACUCAUUAACUCAACCAUUAACUAGACCAAAUUUAAAUCAUAGAGUGUGGAACCCCAUGGAGUUUUGUACACCUUGGAAAAAUGUACAUGUAUUUCAGCCAGGUAAAAAUGAGACAUUAUGGGACAAUGGAACAGUUUGUUUAAUUUGUGGAACACAAUAAAAUGAGAAGCAAUACAUAAAAAUGGGGCUGUCUCAGCAAAACAUUAAGGAUAAAAUGAAUUAGACAAGCUAGUGAACAAUGUUGUUGUUGUUUGCAAUUAGAUUAGCAUGAAUGAUAUUCAUAGUAUACAUAUUAUUGACUGUUCUUUUUAGAGACACUUUAUGCAGCUAACAAUCCUCACAACUGUAAAGUUAGAAAGUUUCUCUAUUAGAUUAAACAAAUUUAGCCAAAAAUAAAUAUUUGGCAUUUUGGAAAGUCUGCUAUUUUCGUAACAUGUUGCAACUGGUUUUUAAUUAGUUGAACAGUUAAUAUAAUACAAUUAAAUGUUUUAUUUGGAUUAUUAGUUUGUAUAAAUGAGUACAGUGUUCAUUAUACAGCCUUCAAUGACCUGAUUUGUAAAACAUAAAGUGAUCCAAUAUAUUUAAUAAUUAAUUAAAUCCUUGAUUCUAAAACCCGUCCAGUCCAGGGCAGGUUCUGCCUUCCUAUCUAGUGUUGUGAGGAAAGAUUCAGACCUUCAAACCCUAAACUUCAGUAACAGAUUGACUUACUUUAUAUUCUAGCAGGAAAGUAUCCAAAGCAGAAAUAGAACCAGUACUGGACAACAGGGCACGGAAAGCACUCACAUUCAAACACAUUCAUAUUUGUCUAUUUCAGAUCUAGAUCUUGAAAAUACAUCAAGCGAUGUAAGGAAUAACUAAUACUGCACAGUGUUAUAAUGAAAGAAAGAGAAUCAACAUUAUAUCACCUCAUUUAAAAGAGUACAAUUCAGCAAACAUUUAUUAUCUAAUAUUACUGAUACUUUCUCUAAGCUGUAAGUAGAAGAAAGCUUACUCCUGUAACACUUUACUUUUAGUACUGCAAAAAUUUACUGUAUCUAUUUCUCAGUGACUAUUAUUUUACAAGACCUUAACAAAGACUAAUUUUGGCCUUCAUGACACUUAUAAAGCAUUCGCAGAUGGCUUAUUCAUAUCAGUACUGUGUGGCAUAAUGACAUAGUGGUAAAAUGACUUGUUGUUUUGAAGUAUUCCCAGGUCUUAUACUGAAUGUGUAAUAUCAAGAGAAAUGUGUCUCCAUUAAGCCACCUCAGACCACUCCAAAGUGAGUUUCUAAUAGCAGGUCACAUUUUAGAAAUUAAUAAACACUUUACUGAGGCUUUGUAAGUGUUAUGAUGACCCAAUGCAGUGUUUGUUAAGGUCCUGUUACAAAGAGUAAAAGUAAUAGAUUUGUUUUUGCAGUAUCUAAACUAAAGUGUCACCAUUACUUCUAAUAAACAGGUGCACAGUAGACAGAGAAUAUAUAAUAUGAAUUAAAUAGAGAAUAACAACAUUAAUAUUUUUAUAUAAAACUGCAAACAGUCUUCAGUAGUGUGUGAUGUGAUUCUGGCAACAUGCAAGAGUACAACUAUUGUGGCCCUAUGAAGUUAUUGGAUGCAGAAUUGAAAUAAUUUUAAAGUAUUUUUAUUAAAUCCGACAUGUAUUACAUAAAAAGAGAAAUGGCAUAACAUUGUAAUAUCCCCAGAGCCACUGUAGAGAACAAAUUCAGUGGUAUGUCCAGGAAAUUUCCAAUAGUGCUCUACUUCAUAUUAUGAAUAGAAAACAUCAUAUAUGCUUGUAGUAUAAAAAUUAAUUAUUCAUGGAAGAGUUGCUCUGCAUUGAAAGAAUUAAGUGUAAUUUAUGUGCUAGUAUUCUGUCAGUAAGUUUAAUAUUGUUCCCAUAAAGAUCUUAAAGAUCCUCAGUGCUUUGAAGCUUCCAAUGGAUUCCUCAUUUAGCAAUGUUUUUUCACUUGUUUGUUGAUAGUCAAGUAGAAUGAUGUAUGUUAGCCACAGGAAUCCUCACAUCAUAAAAGGAUCCAAAUAUUAAGGCACAACUUCAUCCUGUAGAUAUUCUCUAGCAAAGUGUAACCCAAGUUACAGUCUUAAAUUAAACAUUGCAUCCUGACAAAAAUCCAUCCUAUCAUAUUCUAGCAUGCCACAGAUGUCAUUUGCAAUCAUUUUAUUUUCCCCUUAUUUAAUGAAUUUUAUCUUGAGAACUGUUUUGUCAUGAACUAACAGUGUACUUAAAUGAAAUGAAUAUGGAGCUUAUUAGAGGUUUGAUUUUUUCCUAGACCUGGUCAAUUUUCAGGUCAGCUGGCUUCCAGAUAAAAAAAUCAUACAUACGUAACUCUACUAUUGCUACAAAUCAGUUAAUGAAUCUACUUUUAUAAUCAUCCACACUACUUACUACAGUGGUGUGAAAAACUAUUUGCCCCCUUCCUGAUUUCUUAUUCUUUUGCAUGUU